AUGGGUGCUUUCGACAGGCUAUCUCAGAUCUCCGGCCAGAUCGCUGGCCAGAACGGUCGCGAAAAGCUUCUCCAAAAGAACCCCGACGAUGUCCGGACACUCGGAACUAACAACUUCACCCAUCCACAGAUCGUCGUCACUGCCUGCUGCCGAACUGCUCUCACCAAGGGUGGAAGGGGAGGCUUCAAGGAUACCGCCGCCGCCGAUCUCCUUGCCGGCGUCCUCGCCGCCCUCAUCGACCGCUCCAAGAUCAACCCUGCCUUGGUCGAGGAUAUUGCCGUCGGAACUGUGCUCGCCCCCGGUGGCGGUGCGACCGAGAUGCGCGCGGCCAGCUUGGUUGCCGGCUUCCCCGUGACUACCGCUGUCCGCACCCUGAACCGGCAGUGCUCGUCUGGUCUUCAGGCUUGCGUCGAUGUCGCGAACCAGAUCAAGGCUGGCAUGAUUGAGAUUGGUGUCGGUGCUGGUGUUGAGAGCAUGAGCACGCAAUACGGCCCCGGAGCCGUCACCGAGUUCUCCGACCUCCUCAAUGGCCACACCGAGGCCGCCAACUGCAAGGUCCCCAUGGGCCGCCUUUCCGAGGACAUGGCCAAGGACCUCAAGAUCACCCGUGCUUCCCAGGACGCUUUCGCCGCCGCCUCUUACCAGAAGGCUCUCCAGGCGCAGAAGGACGGCCUAUUCGACCAGGAGAUCGUCCCCCUCAAGGUCAAGUGGGAGGACCCCAAGACCAGCGAGGUCAAGGAGAUCGUAGUCAGCAAGGACGACGGUGUCCGCGCCGGCGUCACCGCCGAGUCCCUCGGCAAGAUCAAGGCCUCCUUCUCCAAGGAUGGCAGCAUCCACGCCGGUAACGCCAGCCAGAUCUCCGACGGUGCCGCCGCCGUCCUCCUCAUGAAGCGAUCGACCGCCGAGAAGCUCGGCCAGACCAUCAUCGGCAAGUUCGUGUGCGCGUCCGUCGCCGGUGUUCCCCCUCUUCUCAUGGGCCAGGGUCCCUGGAAGGCCAUCCCCAAGGCCCUCGACCUUGCCGGUAUCGGCCGUGACGAUGUCGACAUUUACGAGAUCAAUGAGGCUUUCGCUAGCCAGUGCCUCUGGUGCGCCAACCAACUCGGCAUCCCUGCUGAGAAGAUUAACCCCAAGGGUGGUGCUAUUGCUUUCGGCCACCCUCUUGGAUGCACUGGUGCUAGGCAAGUGUCGACCCUACUCUACGAGCUUAAGAGGACAGGAAAGAAGAUUGGCAACACUUCGAUGUGUAUCGGAACGGGUAUGGGUAUGAGCGCUGUGUGGGUUGCCGAGUAA